UGCACCCUUUCAGGAGAUAGAAAUCAGAGAACUUCUAAGAUGGAGGAAGCUCCCUUUAAGAGUUACCAGGCUCCCCUCGGUCGUCCUAGGAACUGCGGCGUCAAUAUGUCUGCUAGAAUCUCCCCAGCGACCUCAGGUACCGGCAGAACUUAUACACGUUUAGCCUAGAAGAACUAGUCAUACCAAGAACAAGUUCAUCAAAUAACUCAGAGAAGCAUCCUGGGGUGUGAGUAGUGUAGAAGUCAUGGCAAGGAAAAGAAAUGACAAUAAGUUCCGGAGCCCAGCGACUCGCGCUAACAAUAGGCGAGGCCCGCGAAGCGUAAACUUCGACGAUGAUUACCCCAUGGGUGGCCUUGACCCUCCGACCACGAAGGGUCGCCAUUCGUCGAAGAGAAGAAGUCAGAACAACUAUAAUCCGCCGCGUGGCCGUAGUCAGUCGCCAUACCGCGGCAGCAACAGGAAAAACAACCGUGCCCCAUCCUUCUCGCAAGACCAGCACUCACGAAACAACCACAAUCCUCAUCACGGCGCCCAAGGGUACAGAACCAACUCCCAUAACAACUCCAACCCCAACACGAAACAUAACCGCCGCAGACACCCCAGGGCCGCAAGCACAGACAACGCCGACGCCGAAUUCGACGAGAACACCAGCAUUGACGACCCGUUCAACUCUUCAUUCUUCUCCCCGCGGCACAUCCACAACGGCGUCUACAAAAGCAAGAACAGCAACAACAACAACAUCCGGUCCUGCACAGAAUGCAGUUCCGUCCGCCGCGCAAACCUGCGCUUCCGGAACUGGGCCGUGCGCGCCUUGAGCCGAUGCAACGAGCGCUUCGCCGCGUGGGCCAACGAGGUGGGAGUCGGGUUUGGGACGGGAGAUGAGAUGGACUGGCAGCCGGAGCCUGUGGUGCGGGUGUUGCUAGUCGGUGGGGAUAUGUCGCCUACUUCUACUGCUUCUACUACUUCUCUGCCUCCUAUUAGCCUGUCUACGGGCACAGGGGGUCAGCAGCGGCAGCAGCAGCAGCAAGAAGAGCAGAUAGGUCCGGUACCAAAGCCUGGGCCGUGGGUUUGGCCCCCUUGGUCUGCGUCAGCAGGAUGUCACCCGCCCGAGGCCCUUCCGGCGCAACCACAAGACGGCGGGCUUGCGACGUCCCAGGAAAAUAUGCCGUGCGGUGGGAUAUAUGGGGGCGACGGUAAUGGAACUUUGCCGAUCUCGGGCUUUGGAUUGCUAGGUGUUAGCUGCGGCGAAGUGUCGGGGCCUCUAUCGAAUCUCAACCCCAACGUGGGCCUCAACCAGUGGAGCAUAAGGGAUCAGGGUAGAGCUGGGGAAGUCGAAGACGACUGAAAGAUGACUGAAUAUGUGCAAAGCUAUCUAGACAACUCUCUAGAUAGUCAAGGAUCUAUCAAAAUAGAUAGUAGUAGAGCUAGAGAUAGGGGGCGCUGUGGCAUGUAGGGGGAACACACGGGGAGUAAAUAAAGGUGUUUUUGUCUCGUAUACUAUGCUGACGGUUGAUAAGAGAGUAGAGCUACUGGUCUCGAUAUGAUAGCCAGAAUCAGAGUAAUCUGGGUUGAGAUACUAGAUCUUGAUAAUACGGCGAUGUAAUCAACAUGCCAUAGUAACAAUGAUAUACCUUAUAACAAGAGAUUGAAUAGACAAAUGUGUGGAUCGAACUGCUUGCGUGGUAUUGUCCAGAUAGACUUUUCCCUAUGGAAACUGAUGCACAGAUGAAAUAUCAAUAAACCGACCCUCCGAACGCCUAGUCGCCGUUGCCUGAUGGGAAUAACUCCAUCCCACGAACCACGUGGAUUAUGAUCGUUACAUCAAGACCGUAAUAUAACACAAAAUAGGUUGCUUUCCUCUUAGCCUAUAAGGUGCCUAAUUCGCCUCUUGGUAUUGUCCAAUCACGAUACAAUGAUCUCGCUCAUAGGGUUCUAGU